ACGCGACUCACUACGCCCGACCAUGGUGCAGCAAGCAGAUAGCCUGGAAAGUGAGGUCAACCUGCCCCGGGAGGCGAUGGACACGGAGGAGGGUGAAUUCAUGGCUUGCAGCCCGGUGGCCCUGGAUGAAAGCGACCCAGACUGGUGCAAAACGGCAUCGGGCCAUAUUAAGAGGCCGAUGAAUGCUUUCAUGGUGUGGUCUAAGAUCGAGAGGAGAAAAAUUAUGGAGCAGUCCCCAGACAUGCACAACGCGGAGAUAUCCAAGAGGCUGGGGAAGCGGUGGAAAAUGCUGAAAGACAGCGAGAAGAUCCCCUUUAUUCGGGAAGCGGAGAGGCUGCGGCUCAAGCACAUGGCCGAUUACCCCGACUACAAGUACAGGCCCAGGAAAAAGCCUAAAAUGGACCCUUCAUCCAAACCUAACGCUAGCCAAAGCCCCGAGAAAAGUGCCAAUGGGGGCAGCGGUGGCGGGGGAAGCGGCAGCGGGGGUGGUGGCGGCAGCAGCAGCAAGAACUCCAAGAGCUCCAGCAAGAAAUGUAGCAAACUGAAGACCUCUUCAUCCUCCUCUUCGACCUCGUCCUCGUCCACAUCCUGCUCCAAGCCUGUAGCCAGUAAAGCAGCUCACCACGGGGACUACACAGGCGAGGACUUGGUGUUUGGCACCCUCAAAGUGAACGGCGCGAGUGGCGGUGGCGGCUGCAGCAAGACAGUCAAAUGCGUCUUCAUGGACGAUGAGGAUGAGGAUGAGGAGGAUGAGGACGACCUUCAGCUGCGGAUCAAGCAGGAGCCCGAGGAAGAAGAUGAGGAGCAUCCAGGGCGGCAGCAGCAGCAGCAGCAGCAAGCCCAGCAGCUGCUUAGGCGCUACAGUGUCGCCAAAGUGCCCGCCAGCCCCACGCUGAGCAGCUCCGCGGAAUCCACCGAGGGGGCCAGCUUGUACGAGGAGGUGCGGGCCGGCGCGACCUCCGCCGGGGGCCACGGCGGGGGCGGUAGCGCCAGCCGCCUCUACUACAGCUUCAAAAACAUCACUAAGCAAAGCGCCCAGCAGCUGCAGCAGCCCAGUCUGUCCCCAGCUUCCUCGCGCUCUGUCUCCACCUCCUCCUCCUCCAGUUCCAGUUCUAGCAGCAGUGAGGAGGCUGACGACCUGAUGUUCGAUCUGAGCUUGAAUUUCUCCCAAAAUCCCCACUCGGCGACCGAGCAGCAGCUGGGGGGCGGCUCAGCGGCGGGGAAUCUAUCCCUGUCCCUGGUGGAUAAAGAUUUGGAUUCAUUCAGCGAGGGCAGCCUGGGUUCCCACUUUGAGUUCCCCGACUACUGUACCCCAGAGCUGAGUGAGAUGAUCGCAGGGGACUGGCUGGAGGCGAACUUUUCCGAUUUGGUGUUCACCUAUUGAAAAGGGGGGAGGGGGCACCUCUGUCUCUCCCUCGACCAGUAGUGCGGAGCAGGGUUCGCGAGGAAAUCGUGAUGAUGAUGAUGAUGAUAAUGAUGAUGAUGAU